CAGGGUUGGAGUGCGCGCGCGCUGCUUCCGUUACCGUAUUAAUUUGAAUACCUUAUUCUGUAUACCAUUAUGGUUUGAACCAAAUCUACAAUUGUGUUGUGUGUUUAUUAUUUUGUCGUGUUCUUUUAAUUUUUGUUUAAAAAAAAAAAAAAAAAAAGUUUAAUCGCUAACAAAAUUAGCAUUAGCCAGGUUACCACCGACAAACCUAACCUAGGCGGCGUCCAUAACCUAACAGUGGCGGCGCCCGGCGCCAAGCCACUCUUCACAACUCUGCCUGACUCAGUCCUUGAAAUGGACUCGAUGGAAAACAACAAUGGGGACAACGGCCGCAAGACUAGAAAGUCAGUGCCAUAAAAAUCGAAGAAGAAGAAGAAGAAGUGUUUCGUAGCUGAGUGGUUAUGUUUCAGUGUCAGCAAUUUGUUCAAAAUUCCAAUCUAAUUCUAGCUAUUUGAAUGUAUUGGCAAAGAAGUUCGCGACUCCCAAGUUAAUUAAAAACAAAUAACAACAGAACAACUCAACAAAAAUAACCUAAUGUGCUUCAUUUUUUGAAGGCUCCCACUAAAACUCAUCUAAAAGCCUAUAAGGAUGUUGCUUUCCCGGUAUUGUCACCGAUCCAGAUAGCGCAGAAUGCCAUGUGCUCUGUCUCCCACCUGCUAUUUUGAGCCCCACUCCUGAAUCUUCGCUAAAAUUGUGUUUUUGUUUUCGUGGUUUUUGUGAACAAAAAAUAAUGCCUUCUUGUGCGGUUCAAGGAUGCAAAUCGGGUUAUAGUACAAAUCCCGAAAAAGUACAUUUUUUUUCGGUUCCGAAAAAAGAAUUAACAGAGUGGAGAAUCGCAUUAAAUCGUGAUGAUUUGAGUGCUGGGAGGGCUGUGUGCGAAAAACAUUUCCGAACUCAGGAAAUAGAUUGGAAGGAGAGAGUUGCUAUAAUUAGAAAUGGACAAGUUUUCGGCAAGACAAGCUUAAAAAUUCCACGGCGCAAAAAAGGAGUAGUUCCGUCCAUUUUUCCCUGGACGGAGGACUGGGAUUCUCAACAACCAAAGGAUUUAGUUGCGAGUCAUCGCAGGAGUGUGAUUGACAUAGGAGAGGCCAUUGACGAAGGAUUGGGUUCUGAUAAUUCAUUUCCACGCCCUGAUAAUGAUGCAUCUAAUGCUGUUCCGAUCCAUGAAAAUCAAGAAAAUUUGGAAUCACCCUUGGACAUCCCUUCAACUUCAAAUUUUAGUGAUAGUGAGAAUCUUGGAUCGUCGGAAAAUGCAUGUGCUUCACCAUGUUGCAGUAAUGAGGCAGCUGAUUCUGUUUCAUCACGUGAAAAUGUUGACAAUCUCACACCUUCGAUUAACUUUAAUGAAAUGGCACGAACUAGUUUCAAACUUCCUGAAGGAUGGUUACAGGAAGUAAAGUCCACUAAUGAUGGAAACGUGCUAAAUUUUUUCGUAACUAAAAUUAUUGAAAAUAAAGACUCAUUAAACGGUCCAAACCUUGUGAUACCAGUAAUCUGGAAGGCGAUUCUAAUAAAAUCUAAUUUAAUACCUCAAUGCUACGUCUUACAUCAACCCUGGGAUUAUGUUGAUCGUGCACCGAUUAGACACAUUGAAGAAAUCCAAAAUUUGAUAAAUACUAUUGAUGGACUCAAUGUCUGCACCGGCCCUCUUCUGCACGAUGAAUUCGAUCAAUCGAAAUGCAGUAUACUUCACAAGGACAUUACAGCAGAUCAAACUGAUGUUGUUCAAACAACUAAAGGUCCCGUUCGAGGAGAAAUAUUAAGAACAAUUGAGAAAAAUAUUUCUUAUGCCUCAUUCAAUGGUAUUCCACUUGCCAGACCACCCGUGGGAAAACUCCGCUUCCAGGCCCCGGUGGAAGUCCAGAGGUGGAGCGGAAUAGUUGAGGCUGUAGGACACCGAAAAGGUUGUCCGCAAUUCGAUACUGAAUAUGUUGGUGAUGAAAACUGUUUAUUUAUCAACGUUUACACCCCCCAAACGAAGUUCGGCUCGCAACCCUAUCCGCGACGACCUGUAAUGGUCUGGAUGUAUGGUAGCUUUUAUACUGUUGGAUCCACAAAUAGUUCAAACUUCGGGCCUGAUUUCCUUAUCGACCAGGAUGUCGUGGUCGUAUACAUAAGUUCUCGUUUAGGAGCACUUGGAUUCUUAUCAUUGAAUCAUCCAAAUGCCACCGGAAAUGCUGGCUUGAAGGAUCAACUACUUGGUUUGCAAUGGGUCCAAAAAAACAUCAGGAGAUUCGGAGGUGACGCACACAAAGUCACAAUAUUCGGUCAAGGCUCCGGAGCAGCUUCAGUGGAACUUCUCACGCUGUCUGAUAAAGCUAAAGGACUAUUCAGAAACUCGAUUGCCAUGAGCGGUUCUCCCUUGAAUGUUUGGGGACUUUCUACACAGGCUGAAGCACAGGCCUCUGCACAAAUGCUUGCCAGUCAAUUAAAUCUGACGGCUAAUAACCCAGACGAAUUAUUGACGGCAUUGUCCGCAAUCUCAGCUGAGGAUAUAGUUAUGGCGAGUGAAAAAAUGUUUAAAGAGGGAAUCCAAAAAGGUUUAUCAUUUGAAUUACUGUUCAGACCCGUUUCGGAAGACGAAAGUGUAUCGAAAGAUGCCGUCGUAACUGGAGAUGUACUUGAGAAGUAUAAAACAGGAAAAUUCCAUCGUUCACCGCAUUUGAUGGGUUGGGUGAACGCUGAAGCCUCUGGACUCUUUCCCCCGUCACUUCCGGCAUUUCCAGGAGUUACAGCCGAAAACGCUCAAAAACUAUUGGAUAACUUGGUCGCACAAGCACGGGAAAUGGGACCACCAAGCGGGGCUACGAAGGACUUUUUCAAAAAAUACUCUGCUAUGAUAACUAGAGGAUACCUUGAUCCCACGACGAAACGUGCCCUUUGGAAUGAGGCUAUACAAGUGAUUUCCAAAGUGUUCUACGCCUCCGGGAUUCAAGACACACAUUGGUACAGGUCAUCGAAUGAAACUAGCCUAGUUUAUUACUAUCGAAAUUCUUUCAGCAACGAAAGACUUCUGCACAACAUAGAUGGAUUAAAAUUAAAUGGUGUUGGACAUAGCGAUGACCUUACUCUGAUAUUCUGGAUGCCAACUUUGUAUGAAAUGACAGAUGCUUUUAACUUUCGUGGAAAGAUACAAAGAGAAAGAGUAGUUAAAAUGUGGACAAACUUCGCCAGAUUUAGAAACCCUACUCCGGAUCGUUCUGAUUCUCUGUUGGGUAUUACUUGGCAUCCCUCGAGGGUUCAAGGAGCACAAUUAGCAAUCAACGAAAAGUUAAGCUUACUGUGUCGGCACCCACCUGCGGACUGUCCUUUUGAUCCUCUUGGAAACAGAAUUUCAACGACGCAGAAACCCGUCUUGUAAAUUUAAUUUUAAAAACUCCAAAUCUGUAAGAUUUUGCCUCGCGGGGAUCAUUUGUUAAAUAAAGAAUGAACUUGUGGUUGCUAACAAGCACAUGUGUGAUUAGACUCACUACUUCAAAUCCAUUAUUGAAGAUGAACAAUUUUUCAAGAAGUAAUGAUCCCUGACCGCUACUUCACGAUUAUCGCUG